AUGCCAAGGCUUGAAGAGCUGCAGUUUGGUGUUUUUGCAGGGUAUUGGAGUUGGCAAGUUAAUGGUGUGCCGUUUGAGCAGUUCCCAACAAAGGAUGAAAUCGAAGAUCUUGACUUGGGCCUGGAUAACCUCCUUUCACUUGAGAAAGUCACCGUUACAGUCGACUGCUUGGGUGCUACUGCCGCAGAAGUGCAGGAGGUGGAGGCCAUGGUCACGCGUGCGGUGGAAAAUCAUUCCAACUGUCCAACUAUAAAAGUGGAUCGAGCAUGUGAACAAGAUAUGUUAUCUGACGAAGAAAGCGAGGAUCUGCAUCAGCAACACAUUCAACAACGUUACCAUGUGCUCCGAUCGAAGGAUGAGCUCGAUGCUUGGUUCAUCGCCCACCUGCGGUCGUACCGACUUCUUUAG